AGAAACUUCAUCAAUGUCUCGUAAUCCAUUCGAUGAUGACUACAGGCCGAGUGCUGCUUCUUCUACAAUGCCCGUAAAAAGUUACACUACGAUGGGACAUUAUUCCGGAGAAGACGAAGCAGACUACUACGAGCGUGAAAUCGAGAAAACUCUGCAGGAAUCAUUGGAUAGUACGGAAAGAUCUCGUCGUCAUCUCGAAAAUUCGGAGAAAAUCGGAACGUCGACUGCUCAGCAGUUGCUUGAGCAACGGGAGAAGCUUGAGAAUACUGAAAAGAAUUUAGAUGAGAUUCAUCGAACCACGCAAAUGACACAACGCAAUUUGAAUAGUUUGAAGUCGUUUUUCGGUGGAAUGUUCAAAAAUAAAUUCACGAAGAAACCGCAAGAGCCGACGGAAACUCCGACUGUCCCGCAAUCCAAAUCAGCAUCCCGUUUGUCGGAAACCGCUACCAACCUCUCCAGCGGUGGUGGAUCCGCAACAUUCUCUGGACCAUCUGGACAACGAACCUUGACCGAAUCUAGUCGUUCGGCAAUUAAAGGUACACGUUGGGAAGCUAUGGAUAAUCAAAUUGAUGAGAAUCUUGACAUGAUGUCCGCCAAUCUUCGGAACUUGCAACGUCUUGGAGCCGAUCUCGGAAAAGAGGUCGAUUCACAAAAUGAGAUGCUCGAUCGUAUUCAAUACAAAGCUGAACGUAACGAUGGAAUUGUUAGAGAUCAGGAUAAACAAAUGCAAAAGAUUCUGGGAACUGGUGCAUCAACAAGCCAAACUACAGCCGAGUCUCUGACCCCAAGCAUGGAUACUUCGACAAAGAUGUCUCUCAUGAUGAAGGCCACGUCUUUGUGGAAAUGAUUGAUUUUUUACUUUUUUUUCUUCCGGCUCACCGUCCUCUAGUGCAACAAAAACACUUCAAUUCCCCUAAACUUACCUUAUUUAAAAGUUUAUUUCUUGUUCCAACACUCCACUUAGAGUUAAAUCUCUGAACUUGAAUCUAACACGUUUCUAUCAUUUAUGUUCUUUCUUUGAGAAAAUUGGUUCAUAAAUUGAUGUGAAAAAAAUUAGAAAAAAAAAAGAAAAAUGUGAUAGAUCCAACCUCGAAUUCCCCUUUGAACUUUCUAUAUUAACUUUAAAUGUAUAAUCUGGAUGCUUUUGUGUGUGGAUGUCGCUUGUGAAUAUGUACAUGAAUAUUGAUUCCAUGG